AUGGUCACUGAAAUUACGGUUCUGACCUUCAACCUCUGGGGCAUAUUUAACUCCAAGCACCGCGCCGCACGCAUGGAGCAGUUCGCCACGAAAGUUGCCCACUACGACGUUAUUUUGCUCCAGGAGCAGUUUUCCGAGAAGGACUUUGAGCUCAUUCUUAGCCGGCUGCCAAGCGAGGUGCGAGAGACGCGAUUCUUCCGGCGCUUCCCCAGUGCCUUUUACGGCUCCGGCGUGGCCGUUAUUUCCCGCUUUCCCAUUAAGUCCGCGCUUUUUUUUACGUUCCCCUUGCAAGGGUACCCUGAGCGCGUGUUCCACGGCGACUACUACGCCAACAAGGGAGCUUCGCUUGUGCGCCUCAGUGUCCCACGCAGCGCGGGGGCGGGCGCGGGCCCGAAUUUGCCCUGCGACGACGUUUCUUUGUACUCCACACACCUUGUUGCGGCCUACGAGAAGACAGCCCGCUUGUCGAAUUGGCGUGAUGAACUCUACUUGUCGGUUCGCCUGAGCCAAGCCGUCUCGCUUGCGGGUUUCAUUUCUGAAACCUCACACCCUUCGGCUCGUGUUAUCAUCGGAGGUGAUUUUAAUGCCACUCAGCGCUCUCUGGAGUUGCGAACGAUGCUCAUUUUAUUGCGUCAGCGCGGAUACAAGUUUCUUUCUGUGCUUCCGCCGUCCAUCGUGUACCGCCCGGAAAUGUCUGAGCAGGAACGAAGAAUCAACACUGCAACACUGACGUUCUCCGAUGCCAAUGCAUUUAACUCGACAAAAGAAGGGUGGCUUGUACAGGGAGGCGAUGUGCCGUGUCAGAUUGAUCAUAUGUUUUUUACAGCAAAUACACUUUGCCUCACUGACUACAACGACUGUCCGGACGCGCCAGCUGACUAUCCUUUUCGCAUUCCAAUCGACGGUGUGGAGAAACCCGCCGGUGUGGUUGUCUUCACGGGGAACAAGGAGGUUCAACUCCCACCAGAGAGGGGCACUUGGGUAAAAGCCUGCAAUGCGUUGGCCGCAGUGGGUAAUGCGAUUCGCUGUGGACCACUUGCAUCCUUUGCGCGCCGCCUGGCGCCUGAGCAGGGGGGCAAUAAAUCGGAAGCGCGGUGUUGUCCAAUAUCAGACCACUACGGCGUCGCUGCGAGGUUUAAAUUGGAGGAAGAAGAGGGGUCUACAGCAGCUGAACACAGAUCAGCCUUUAAGGUGGGUGAGGCGGGGAUGAAAUUAACCGAAGCGGAAACCGAAUUAUUGCGUGAGGCUGCUGGUCUUCUUGAGGACUCCGUGAAGCGGUUGCUCUAUGAGAGUAGACUUUGCAUAUUGUUUUCUGCCGCUCUGGCAACCCUUGUGGUGGGGCACCUUCUUUAUAUGGAGUUUGAGGCCCAGCUGCAGGAAAAGCACACAGGCCAAGUCUUGAAGGAGUUGUUUGCAUUUGGCAAUCUGCAAGGAAGAGCCGCGCGUCUGGGGGGGUUGCUGCCGGGCGGGGAUUUCAAUAACUUGAGGCGGUGGCUGCGUGUACCAGUUCCUGGCAGCUCAGACAAUUUCCCCGUGGCGACAGGAGUAAAGCCUCAAAGCGCUGCACCAGAUAAUGCCGCUAUAGAUUACGCAGAUAUGGCUUCACGGCUUCAUGCCAGGAGCUUCUCGAGUUUCCUCUCGCCUUUUCUUACCAUUUUUGGCAGCCUUCUCAGCGCCGCAUCUCUCGCCACGGCGUUGCUGCAGCGGAAGGCCGACGCGAAGGUACUGGCGGAGCAGGUUGCUAUGCUAAAACAGGUUCCUCCAGACCAAAACAAAGCGGUUCGGUAG